AUGCAAAUUAUUUUAAAGGACUUUAAGAAGGAGAAAAUCCCUGUUGAAAUUGAAGCUUCUGACAGCGUCUUGUCUGGUAAAGAAAAGUUAGCUUCAAUCAAAAACUGUGACGUUGAUCAAAUAAAGUUUGUCUACUCAGGUAAAAUUUUACAAAAUGACAAAACUUUCGAAUCAUUCAAAGUGAAAGAAGGUGACCAGAUCAUCUUCAUGAUUUCAAAGGCUAAGAAGGUGGACCAGCCGGCCACUACUACUUCAGAAACUGCAGCUCCAACAACGUCAAAUGAAAAUACUCCAGCUGUAGACUCUGCAGCUUCAACACCAACCCCUGCAAAUCCAUCUGCUGAGGAAGUGUCUGAAUUCACGGCAUCGACAUUCGCACAAGGCUCGGUAAGAGAAACUGCGGUACAGAAUAUCAUGGCAAUGGGAUUCGAAAGACCGCAAGUUGAAAGAGCUUUGCGUGCAGCGUUUAACAACCCUGAUAGAGCAGUCGAAUAUUUAUUGUCAGGUAUUCCGCUUCCAGCAGAACCGGAGGAAUCUUCUGCCCCAGCUGCUGGACCUGUCAACUCUCCAACAUCCGAAACGACCGCUGCUACUGAAUCAACAGCCACACAAAAUCCAGGAGAAAAUCUCUUUGAACAGGCUGCUGCUGCGAAUGCCGGAGGUGAAGAAGAAGCUAGUGGUGACAUGAUGAGUCAAGUCAGAGAAAUCCUCCAAACACAACCAGAAAUGGCCGAAGUUGUUUUGCAGCAACUAGCAGCAUCCAAUCCACAAUUAGCUGAAUUUAUACAAUCCAACCCAGAGGCAUUCCUGAGAUACAUUACUGAGGGUGAUCAGACUGCUUUGGCUACUGCUCUGGGUGUCCCAUCUGAAUACAUUGACGCUGAACAGGGCGGUUUAGAAGGUGAAGGUGAAGGUGGAGAAGGUUACCAAAUUCAAAUCACUCAAGAGGAGAGUGAAGCCAUCGAUAGGUUAUGUGAAUUGGGAUUUGACAAGAACUUGGUCAUUCAAGUGUACUUUGCUUGCGACAAGAAUGAAGAAAUGGCAGCAAAUUUACUAUUCACUGAUCAUGCGGACUAA